AUGGCUCAGACUUUUCCAUAUACACUCAUCUCUUGCCCUUGUUCGGAUGCUUCCAAGAGAGCCUUGACGUCAAAAAGAAGAUCUCGAGAUAUCGAUAUAGAUCAAGAAAUUCAAGACUCGGAAAACACAUUCGACCCCCGACAUCCACGGUCUGCAUUUUCGCUUUUUCCACCGGAGCAUUUACUGUAUUGCGAAGAAUGUCAUGAGAUCAAAUGUCCACGAUGUGUGCUGGAGGAGAUUGCAUCUAUCUACUGUCCCGACUGCCUCUUCGAAAGUUCGAAGGGGAUGGUACGGACCGACGGAGGUAGAUGCCCCAGAAACUGUGUUCAUUGCCCCUUGUGCACGUCUCAGAUGAUCACGGCUUCCAUUGGCGAUCCCAAGAACGGACCGUUCAUCUUGAGCUGUAAUUACUGCAUGUGGAACACCCUUGACGUCGGGAUCAAGUUCGAUAAAGGCACUGGCAUUCGUAAUCAACUGUCUGAGCUUGCCGUUUCAAGAGGAGAGUUACCCAAACCAAUUCAAACAACUCGACCCAGCGACGAUCCGAUGCGAAAGUCGUCACUCUCUCAGCCUCCCUUUACUGCAUCGGAGCAGCCUCAAGCAACAGAGCCAAAGCAAGGUGAUCCUCCAAAGCAGUUACCAAGCCUGACGGUACGGUAUAAUGCUUUGAAACAAUUCUAUAAAGAUCAAAUCGCAGAGUCCUCAUCCAUGGAUUCCGGAUUUUCUACGUCCGCUCUCGAUAUGGCUUUCUCUUCGCCGUCAUCGGUAGCUAGAAUUAUGAAUCUUUACAUCAAUAAGGACAGUGCCGUCAAGAAAGCUCCACAGAAAGCCACAAUUAUGCGAGAAGCCCAAACGGCGAGCGAGGGUCUUACAUUUGCUGAGCCUCUUACCAUUUCAUCCCUCCUCCCAGACUACAGCGAGACUACAACCCUAUCACAACGAGACUAUCAAAAUCCAUCUUUCAUUGGCCAUCCUGAUGCCUCAGCACUUAAGGACCUACGACCAAUGCCGACUCUUAUGAGGUCAAAGCGCUCCAAGCGAUGCGCGACAUGCAAACACAUCCUGACCAGACCAGAAGUCAAAGUCAGCUCCGCCCGAUAUCGUAUCAAACUCAUUGCAUUAGCCUAUAUCCCAUUUGUGACGAUCAAACCUCUCCCUCUCUCCGGCGGCCUGCCCCCGCCCGGGCCCGACGGGAGCGAUAUUGUACUCUCGGCAGGCAAACCAAUCCAAUUUAUCCUGACAUUACGCAACCCAUUAUUCGAAAACGUUAACGUCAAUCUCGGCAGCCCUAGUGUAACGCCAGGCAAACACGGUCAUCGAGUCACAAUCCUAUGUCCUCAAUUCCAGAUCGGAAAGAACAGUGAUGCAUGGGACGAUGCGUUAAAUAACCCGCCAAAUCGCGGCAUGGUCAACCCUGCUGGUGGAGAGCAAAUCGCAGGCAAGCUCUACGACCAAGGGCGCAAUUGGGCCAGUGUGGUGUUAGAGAUUAUACCCGCGAGUAUUGUGCGGAUGCACGACGAACAAUUAGACGAAGACGAAGACGUCAUUGAGGUUCCAAUCCGUGUAAGGCUGGAGUGGCAGGUCACAGAGGAAGAGACAGGAAUCGAGACGAGAAGAAGGGACAAGCGUCUGGAUGAAGAGGAUGCAGAUGAUGGGAAGAGGGAGUUGAGUUACUGGAUGGUCGUGGGUAUUGGAAGAGUGUCUUGCUGA